AUGAGGAUGACGUGUUACUGGGAAAUUGUUCUGAAAAGAAUGGUUGAUUGGAUGGCACUUGAGCUUCAGUUUUUGGUGAAAAAAUUGGUGAACAAGGAGAUGGAAAUGGAGAUGGUGAAGGAGGCGAUGGUACAUGGUGGUAUAGAAAAGAUGUCGGAGGAACUAUCAUCCUCCGGAAAAGAGAGGGUGAGGCUUCAAAAAAGCAUUAGCAUAUUCCAGAAAUCACAACAAAUCAUCGAGGAAGUCAGGAUGGCAUUAUUGUUUCAGCCGACUAGAGGGCCAAUAUAG